AUGGUGAAUGCGAGCAGCUCAGAAGUGCCUAACCCGGUCUUGGGGGCAGUCAAGGAGGGCAUCAUCGAGGAGGUGACCCUUGGGAGGAGUCAAAGGUCAAGGAGCACCCACCAGGCGGAGCGUGUGGGGAACAGCACCACAGGCAUAGGGAACAGCAUGUGCAAAGGCACAGAGGCAGAGGGCAUGGCUGGAGUGGCCCAGACCCAGGUGUGUGGGCUGGGGAGUGGAAGGAGCUGGCAGGAGGAUCUCAUCAUCCAGGGCUCCCCACCUCCACCCCCAGGAAACCAGCCCAGCACAGGGGGGCGCGCUUGGCACGGACGCCCGCUGCGGGGUGGGAGGCUGGGGUGCCCUGCCGUGCCAGCACAGCCUCUGCUCACCCCUCUGGGCUCUUUCCCCUGUCUGUCCCCAGCCUCGGGCCGCUCGCACCCGGCCAGCCCCAGCCCACCCGGCCCGCAGGCCGGCCCGGUGCUGCCGGUCAGCUACCGCCUGUCGCGGACGCGGCUGGCCUUCUUCCUGCGGGACGCGCGGCCCCCGCCACCUGCGGUGGCCAACGGCUCCCUGCAGCGCUCCGAGCCCUUCGUGGUGUUCCAGACCAAGGAGCUGCCCGUCCUCAACGUCUCCCUGGGGCCCUUCAGCACCAGCCAGGUGGUGGCCCGGGAGCUGCUGCAGCCUUCCAGCACCCUGGACAUCCCCGAGCGCCUGACGGUCAACUGGAAGGUGCGGGCCUUCAUCGUCCGCGCCCGCGUGCCGGCCUCGCAGCCCGAGGCCCAGGUGCUGUUCUACGUGGCCGGCCGCGACUGGGACGACUUCGGCGUCACUGAGCGGCUGCCGUGCGUCCGCCUGCACGCCUUCAGGGACGCGCGGGAGGUCAAGAGCUCCUGCCGCCUCAGCGGGGGCCUGGCCACCUGCCUGGUGCGGGCGGAGCUGCCCCUGGCCUGGUUCGGGCCCCCAGCCCCCGCCGCGCCGCCCGCCGCCCGCCGCAAGUCCCCGGAUGGGCUGGAACCCGAGGCGGCCGGGGAGAGUCAGCAGGCUGAGCUCUACUACACCCUCCACGCCCCGGACGCGUCUGGGGGCUGCGGGGGCGCCCGUCGGGGGCCCGGGCCCGGGGCAGGCGCCCGCGCAGAGAGCCCCACCCAGCACCCCCUGCUGCGCAUCGGGAGCAUCAGCCUGUUCCGCCCGCCCCCCAGGAGGACCCUGCAGGAGCACAGGCUAGACAGCAACCUGAUGAUCCGCCUGCCUGAUCGGCCCCUCAAGCCUGGCGAGGUGCUCAGCGUCCUCCUCUACCUGGCCCCCAACUCCUCCUCUCCCUCCAGCCCCAGCGUGGAGCAUUUCACACUCAGGGUGAAGGCCAAGAAGGGUGUGACCCUUCUGGGCACCAAGUCACGGAGUGGUCAAUGGCAUGUGACCUCGGAGCUGCUGACUGGGGCAAAGCACUCAACAGCCACUGUGGAUGUGGCCUGGGCGCAGGGCACACCCCUGCCCCCCUGGGAAGGCCAGGGGCCCCUGGAGAUCUUGCAGCUGGACUUUGAGAUGGAGAACUUUACCAGCCAGUCGGUCAAGAGGAGGAUCAUGUGGCACAUUGACUACCGCGGCCGCAGCCCCCUGCCUGACCUGGAGCGGGCGGUCACCGAGUUGACGGUCAUCCAGCGGGAUGUACAAGCCAUCCUGCCCCUAGCCAUGGACACGGAGAUCAUCAAUACGGCUAUCCUGACGGGCAGGACGGUGGCCAUCCCUGUCAAGGUCAUCGCCAUCGAGGUGACUGGACUUGUCCUAGAUGUCUCUGCCCUGGUGGAAUGCGAGUCUGACAAUGAGGACAUCAUCAAGGUAUCCAGCAGCUGUGACUACGUGUUUGUGAGUGGAAAAGAGUCUCGCGGGUCCAUGAACGCCAGGGUGACCUUCCGCUAUGACAUCCUCAACGCCCCCCUGGAAAUGACAGUCUGGGUCCCCAAGCUGCCCCUGCACAUCGAACUCUCGGACGCACGCCUCAGCCAAGUGAAGGGCUGGAGGGUACCUAUCCUCCCCGACCGGAGGUCGGCCCGGGAGAGCGAGGACGAAGACGAGGAGGAAGAGGAGCGUAGGCAGAGCGCCAGCCGCGGCUGCACCCUGCAGUACCAGCACGCCACUCUGCAGGUGUUCACCCAGUUCCACACGACAUCAUCCGAGGGCACCGACCAGGUGGUCACCAUGCUGGGCCCGGACUGGCUGGUGGAGGUCACCGACCUGGUCAGCGACUUUAUGCGGGUGGGCGACCCCCGCGUGGCACGCAUGGUGGACAGCAGCACGCUGGCGGGCCUGGAGCCAGGCACCACGCCCUUCAAGGUGGUGUCCCCGCUGACGGAGUCUGUGCUUGGGGAGACGCUGCUAACAGUGACGGAGGAGAAGGUCAGCAUCACACAGCUGCAGGCCCAGGUGGUGGCCAGCCUUGCCCUCUCCCUGCGGCCCAGCCCGGGGAGCAGCCACACCAUCCUGGCCACCACGGCCGCCCAGCAGACCCUCAGCUUCCUCAAGCAGGAAGCCCUCCUGAGCCUCUGGCUCUCCUACAGCGAUGGCACCACAGCCCCACUCUCCCUGUACAGCCCCCGGGACUACGGGCUGCUGGUGAACAGCCUGGAUGAGCGGGUGGCCACGGUGACCCAGGACCGGGCCUUCCCGCUGGUGGUGGCCCAGGCCGAGGGGGCAGGGGAACUGCUUCGUGCAGAGCUCACCAUCGCUGAGAGCUGCCAGAAAACCAAGCGCAAGAGUGUGCUGGCCACGACCCCCGUGGGCCUGCGGGUGCACUUUGGGCGGGACGAGGAGGACCCCACGUACGACUACCCAGGGCCCAGCCAGCCGGGCCCCGGCGGGGGCGAGGACGAGGCCCGGGGAGCCGGCCCACCGGGCACCGCGCUGCCCCCAGCCGAGGCCCCGGGCCCGGGCACCGCCAGCCCCGCGGUGCCGCCCACAGAAGACUUCCUGCCGCUGCCCACCGGCUUCCUGCAGAUGCCGCGCGGGCUCACGGACCUGGAGAUCGGCAUGUACGCGCUGCUGGGCGUCUUCUGCCUCGCCAUCCUCGUCUUCCUCAUCAACUGCAUCGUCUUCGUGCUGCGCUACCGGCACAAGCGCAUCCCGCCCGAGGGCCAGACCAGCAUGGACCACUCUCACCACUGGGUGUUCCUGGGCAACGGGCAGCCGCUGCGGGGGCAGGCGGAGCUGUCGCCGCCUGCGGGCAACCCGCUGGAGACCGUGCCCGCCUGCUGCCACGGCGACCACCACAGCAGCGGCAGCUCACAGACCAGCGUGCAGAGCCAGGUGCACGGGCGGGGCGACGGCUCGUCGGGCGGCUCGGCCCGGGACCAGGCCGAGGACCCCGCCAGCUCGCCCACCUCCAAGCGCAAGCGGGUCAAGUUCACCACCUUCGCCACGCUGCCCACGGAGGAGCUGGCCUAUGACUCGGUGCCCGCCGGCGAAGAGGACGAGGAGGACGAAGAGGACCUGGGUUGGGGCUGCCCGGAUGUGGCGGGCACCACGCGGCCCACCGCGCCCCCAGACCUGCACAAUUACAUGCGCAGAAUCAAAGAUAUGGCGUAGAGGCGCCGUCCCGCCCCCUCCCCCCGGGGGGGGGGGGGUGGGCUCUGUGUGGGACGCGACCGGGACCCCUGCUCACACUGACGCAGGCGGGCCGAAGCGGAUGUCGUACUCCCUGUCCCUGCAGCUUUGCUCUGUGCUGGGCGGCCGCCUGCCCCAGCUGGGCCUUCCCCGCCGCCACCUCGCACCAUACCCAAUUGUGCCACCGAAGGCGGAGGGCUCCUUCCUCAGGAGCUUGCUAGGAGGAAAGCAAUCCUUGUUCGACUCUUUCCAAACCUCCUCCCAUCUUAGACAACCCCCUGCCCCAAAAGUGAGGCAUGGAGGCCAAGCUUGGGGUGAGGUGGGCCCACACUGUGCCCCGCCCCUGCCCCCCCACGUCCCCUGUCUUCCCCCUGUGUGGGGGAGCUUUGGGGGGGUCUUGUGUCACAAGCUGCACAAAGACUUUUCUCAAACCAAUAUUCAGGGAUUUCUGUCCUGCAGGGUGGGGAGACGGCGGCUGCCCGCCCUGCGGAGGAUCUUGCUGUGGACAAAACAUGUGGGGGAUGGGGGAGACACUUGUAGCAUCUGCUGGCUUCCGGGUGCCCCCCCCCCCUCCAGUCCCUUCCCAGGACCUGGGAGCUGACCCUACAGAGGGGUCUGGGACCAAGCCAGGCACCUUCCUGAGAUCUCAGGACUCCCUCCUCUAUCCCCACCGGCUGUGGGCGGAGCCUAGAGGGGGAGGAGCCCUGGGCCGGCCCUGAGCAAGCCACACCCCAGCACUGUGGUCUGAGCAGUCCCCGGGAGGCCCGGUCCCCCUGCUAAGCCCACAGCAAGGUCAACACUACGCCUUAGCCGCCCCUCUCGCUCUGCUGACCACUCCUCCCUCUCUGCAGGGGCAGCCACCCAUCCCCCCAGGGAACGGAACCGGUGGGAGGGGGAGGGGGCACCAGGGGAUGCUGUGGAGGACCUCGGGAUGGGCAAAGGCAGCGGGGAGCCGGGCGUCUCCCUUACCCUUCCCAGCCCACAGCCACUUCUCUCUUGGGUUCUACCCACCACUGUGUCGGAUUUUCUUAAAUAAAUGGGGGUGACCAGACUGGGGCGGGGCAGCAGCUCCCGGAGAACAGAAGGCG